AUGACAGAUAAUUCGGACGAUGUCACUGCAUCCUUGGCCGAGCAGUUGCGACAAGAGCGCAAAAAGCUCACUCUUUUCCGCCGUCCGUUCAGCGUGUUAUAUCAUUUCAGUAUUGUGCUCUUGCACUUCCUUAAGUGGUUGGCGCUACGUGUACAGCGCAGUCGUGCGACGCGUUUCGUUUUGCUGCCACUGCUUGUGCUAUGGCUUGUAGCCUCGGGUCGAGACGGUUCACAUCGGUAUCUACUCGACAAUUUUAAUGAAAGUGUCAAGUUUGUGGCUUGGUGGUUUGGUCUGGGCGUACUUUCAAGCGUCGGGCUGGGUACUGGCAUGCACUCGGGCAUUUUAUUUCUUUUCCCGCACAUAUUUCUUGUGGUACAGGGUGCGGAAGAAUGCAAAUCUCUUGAUUUUGAUAGUCGUCACCAUAUGUGGUUUCACUCUUUCGAAGCCAACUGUAACCGCGUACCGGAAGUCUCGACUGUCACCUUUGCUGCUAUCUUUUGGAAGGUCUUUUUGCCUUGUAUGUUGUGGGGUGCGGGCACAGCCGCAGGAGAAAUACCACCGUACGCACUCAGCCGUGCUGCCAGACUUGCUGGUCUGCCUAAUGAAGAGUUCGAAGAGAUUGCCGAGUCUAAGUCUCAGUUUAAUGUUAUGAACAAGAUGAAAGACUGGAUGAUUCGCUUUUUACAAAGACAUGGCUUCUGGGGUGUGCUUCUUAUGUCUGCCUGGCCUAACAUGGCCUUUGACUUAUGUGGAAUUUGCUGUGGACACUUUUUGAUGCCAUUUUGGACAUUUUUUGGCGCGACGCUUAUUGGUAAAGCGCUUAUUAAGGCUAACUUGCAAGCCGCAUUCUUCAUCACCAUUUUUACGGACGCUCACCUCAAGCAAGUCGAAGCUUUAAUUGGACUUAUCACUCCAGAGCAAUGGGGGCUUGGAUCUCGUGUGAAUGAGUUUUUGCUUGAAUGUCGCAAGAAAUUUCACUCAGCGCAGGUUAAUGCCGCAGCUGAACACGCUGGAACGGCAGCAGCGUCUACUGGCAGCUUGGUCUCGCAGCUGGGAUCUUGGAUCAUGGUGGCCUUCAUCGCCUACUUUGCUAUCUCGUGCAUUGAGCAAUUUGCACAGCAACACGCUGCUGAAGAAGAUGAAAAGAAGCUUAAAAAGAUGAAGUAG